AUGAGUGAUUUGCAGAUUGAAAAAACUCAACAAGAACCUACAUUGAUGCAAAACUCUCCAAUCUCUCACAAACAACAACAACAACAAUCCAUUUUUAUUCCAUUAUCAUCGUCAAUAAUGGUUGAUCUUGAUCAUCAAACUCACAACAAACGCCGUUCCCCUCCGUCUUCUUCCUCCACGGAACCCUCAUCCAAGAAACAUUCUUUCAACCAAGAGGAGUUCAGUCUCACCCGUAAUGGCUUCUCAGCCAAUGCUCUUCCAAUCACUGUCUGCGGCAAUUUUCUUCGCCACUGCGUCUCCGGUCCAUGCACCUUACAUGAGCAAUCCCCUACUGGCUUGCCACCUCUUCCCUCGGAGAAUCUCAGGAGAUGCAAGUCUGAUGUCAUUCCUUCUAAGGUUAAAACAGUUGCGCCUUGUUUGAACUCUGAAGAAAAUGUCCCUGAUGAUUCAAUGAGGCUUAAGAGGAUGAAGGAACGGUUAACAGAAAUGAAACAGUGGUGGGAUGAAGUUAUCAAAGAAGAUGAAAAAGAACAGGAAGAACAAGAAAAAGUAGAAGAAGACUCUCUUGUUGCUGAAGAUGACAAAGUCCUAUCUCAGGAUGAGUUGGGAAAAUAUGAUGAAGAAGCGAUUAGUGUAGAGUGGAUUGAAAAGAGUUUAAACCUUACUUUUAAGUGUCCAUGUGGGAAGGGAUAUGAGGUUCAAAUAUGUGGAAACAAUUGCUACUACAAGUUGGUUUAG